AUGGCUUCGUCUUACAGCUACCGCAACUCGUACUACAGCAACAACCAGCCACUCCACGACGAAAAGUACUAUGAGAGUGGCCGGAAAACACCAAGCAGCACCAGACGGCAGCAACGGUCAAGUGAUGGGACUAUCAGCACAAUGAUGAGCAAUUCCACAUCCGGUCGCGAAUCAUCAGCAACAGCCAUGACAGACGCGCCCGCCUACUCCAAGAAGAUCGUCGUCGUCGGCGACGGUGGCUGCGGAAAGACGUGUUUGUUGAUCAGCUACAGCCAAGGAUACUUCCCAGAGAAAUACGUCCCAACAGUAUUUGAGAACUACAUCACGUACCCUACGCAUCGCCCUUCCGGUAAGACCGUCGAGCUUGCCCUGUGGGACACCGCAGGCCAAGAGGAGUACGACCGCCUGCGACCGCUGUCUUACCCAGAGACCGACCUCAUCUUUGUCUGCUUCGCCAUCGACUGCCCCAACUCACUCGACAAUGUCAUGGACAAGUGGUACCCAGAGGUCCUGCACUUUUGCCCAUACACACCACUCAUCCUCGUCGGCCUCAAGUCCGACCUGCGCUACAAGAAGACCUGCAUCGACAUGCUCAAGACCCAAGGCCUGACACCGGUCACACGAGAGCAGGGCAUGGGUGUCGCACAGAAGAUGAACGCCCAGUACAUGGAGUGCAGCAGCAAGGAGAUGAAGGGCGUCGACGAGAUCUUCGAGCAAGCCAUCACCACUGUCGUCUCCAACGACCGACGGAAUCUUGAGGCACAGGCUGCGCAGCGCCAAUCGUCAAGGCGGGAGAGCAGCCACCUCGGCGGUAUCCCCGGCGCGGCUGGCAUCCGCAAGAAGAAGAGAAAGUGCAACUUCCUGUGA